GUGGCUUUAUUAGUAAAUAAAAUUCCAAAUUUAACUAUUAUAGAUGUUGAUAUCAAUAAAUCGUACAAUGAUGAACUUAAAGAAACAGUUAGAAAAGACAUUCUAUCAAAACUUUCGGAUAAAGAUGUUAUCGUUAAAACCGCUUCAGGAGGUCUUCACAUUUAUUGCAACACUAAUUUCUUCUAUGCAGUUUCGAACAGAAUGAUUAAAUGCUAUUCCUGCAAUGAUUAUGAUAUUGAUAUAAUGACUUCAAUGGAUGAUUCAAAGCGUUCUUUAGUAGUUAUGGCUGAUUCAAGAGUUCGCAAGAAUGCAACAGAACCAAUCAAUACAUACUCAUUCAUUCGUGGAAGUUACGAUUCAACAUUAACUAGAACAGUGAAUGAUAUAUUAAAUGAUUUGAAUAUUAAGGUAAGAGUUGAACAAAAGAAUGAAGAAAUAAAGACUAUCAUGAAUGAAAACAAAGAUGUAAACAUUGACGAUAAACUUGCCCAGAGCAUAGUUGAUGGCAUCAGUGAUUUUGAAGUACAUAAUGACGGUGGAAACAUGAAUUUAGAAAAAGAAAUAACAUUAUUCACACUGUUUCAAGCAAUUAAUUCGUUACCUAAUCAUUUGAUUAAUGAAGCAUACGAUAACGUUUAUAACUUCUGCAGUUUAACAGAAAAUGCAAAAAGUAAUUUUGAAAAAGCACGUAG